CCUUGCCACCGGACCGCCCAGAGCGAUCGGCCUUCCCAAGUUACAUCCAUGGGCACCGCCCAGAGCGCACCCGUGACUGGCGCGGUUCGCCCGCCCAGCGUGCGUCUCGAUGCCAACGAUGACGCGCCAUACGAACGCGCCAUGCUCGCCGCCCUCGACGCAAAGAAGCCGCUCCCAGUCCGCGCUGUCGGCGGGAAGAGUGCGAGUCUGAUGAGGCUGUAUGGUACGCCCGGCGUCUCGUCUUACGUGCCGGGCGGAUAUGCCAUCACCGUCGACUUUUUCGCAGAGUGGACUGCCGCUGUGACGGCGUCGAGGGAGUGGGCCGCCGCCGAGCCAAAGCUCGGGACGCCAGAGGGGCCACGGCUGUGCGUGGGCCUCAAGAGGCUGGCGCAGCGGCUGCCGCUGAGUGCCGCCCAGACCGCGUGCCUAGACACCGUCCGGCGAGCAAUGGAGGCGUGGCCCGGCCGGCUGGCGGCGGUCCGCUCCUCGGCGCCAGAGGAGGACGGCACGGGCGCCUCGUUCGCCGGCGUCUUCGAGACAAAGCUCGGCGUCUCUCCCGAAGGCCUGGAGGCGGCGAUCCGGGCCUGCUUCGCGUCCGUCUUCGACCACCGCGUGUUCAGCUACGCCGGCGCGCACAAGCCCGCCUUCGCCGCCACCGUGAUGGAGAUGGUGGACGCAGCCACCGCCGGCGUCGCCUUCAGUGCCAACCCGCUCAACUCGGACCUCGACGAGAUGCUCGUCGACGCGGGCUACGGCCUCGGAGAAAGCGUCGUCGACGGCAGCAUCGUCGCCGACCGCUUUGUGUGGGACAAGGUGGGCGGCCGGCUGCUCGAGAGCAAGGUGGGCAGCAAGGCGCAAGAGGUGCGGCUGGCGGCCGACGGCGGCGUCGAGGUGCGGCGCGUGGGCGCGUACGGACGGCCGAUGGACACCGAGUGGGCGUACACGGAGGCAGGCGAGCUGCGGCUCCUGCAGGCACGGCCAGUCACGACGCUGCACCCGCUCGACGAGGCGAUGAUCACGCCUCCGGGCGAGCCGCGCCGGCUGUACUACGACUUCAACGUCGCGAGCGAGGCGACGACCACCUCGCCCUUCACUUGCCUCGACCUCGCGGUCUACUCGGACAUGUCGCUCGCCUUCCUCGGCCUGGCGGGCGCGCGCAUCCCCACCGACCCGGAGCAGGUCUUCUUCAACGGCCAGACGCGCCAGUACAUCAACAUGUCCCACGCCUUCCGCCUCGUCGGGCCGCGCUGGUUCGCGAGCCAGCUCGAGAUGGUGAUCAUCCCCGUCUUCAAGGCGCUCGACACGGCGCGCGUCAAGGGGAGGACGGCGCAGGAGGGGGAGGAGGCGGGAGGAGUCGUGCGGUCGAGGUACGACCUCGCGCACUUGCUGCCUCCCUCGGUCUGGGCAGAGUACGGUGAGGAGGGCCUCCCCGCGCUGACGGGUCGGAUCCUCGCCAACGUGGCGGGCCGCAAGUCCGACCUGCCCGCGCCCUUCGUCGGGGCGUGGGUCUCCUUCAUGCGCGAGUACGGCUGGGACGGCGCCGACCAGCUGUUUGUGAGCUCUCCCCGCUACGCGGACUCGCCGCACCUCUUGGUUUCCAAGGUGGGCCACAACAGGAGGGGCGGCAUCAGCAACCCAGCCGACAUUCUGAAGGAGCGCGUCGCCAAUCGGCGCCGCGUGAUGCGCGCGCAAGAGGAGCGCGGCGGACGCGGCUCGGGCGGCCUCUUUGCGCGCUGCGCCGGCGCCAACCUCGAGAAGCGGAACCUCCACCUCGACCAUCUGAUGUGGAUCCGGAACGCGCCCAAGCUGCGCAUGGCCCGCGUCACCGCCGCUUUCCGCUCGGCGCUGCUCGCGGCGCAGGCGGACCUCCUCGCCGCCGGCCGGCUCGAGGCGGAGGGAGAUGUCUUCCACGUCUCGGUGCAGCAGCUCGACGCGGCCAUCAAGGAGAGCAGCUUCGACCUGAGGGCGGCCGUCACGCCGAACAGGGCGACCUACGCGCGCGCCAAGAGCGCAAAGAGCUGCCCCAUGCUCAUCGACUCGCGCGGCCGGAUCCUCAAGCCGAACCUCGUCGAGGGGGAGCCCGGCGCUCUCGUCGGGGCGGCGAUCUCUCCCGGCGUUGCGAGCGGGCGCGUGCGUGUCUGCACCUGCUCCACCGACCCGAUCGCGCCGGGCGAGGUGCUCGUCGCCAUCGUCACCGACCCGGCGUGGACGCCGAUGUUUGCGGGCGCCUCGGCCGUCGUCCUCCAGAUUGGCGGCGCGCUGCAGCACGGCGCGCUGUGCGCGCGCGAGUACGGCGAGCCGGGACUUGGGCAGGGCAGAAGACCGCAGCCCGGGACGCGCAAGCCCGCCGUCAGCGGGAUCGACGUGAUGGCUUCGCUCAAGACGGGGAUGCAGGCCCGGCGCACGCGUGCGCCUUUCCGCCAGAGGGGAGAGGGGGAGGGGCGGGGAGGGGGGGAGGGAUGCCCAGUCACGGUUGACGGCAACACCGGCAUCGUCCGGAUCGACGAGAGCCUCCGCCGGAGCUUCUCGCGCCGCCUCUCCGAUCGGGACCUCCAGGGCGUCGAGGCCUGAGAGCAUGCCUGCGAGAGCGAACGGGUCUCUCGCUCGAGAGGAGAGAGGAGCCGAGCGACAGGUGACGAGGCCCGCAUCGGGUGUCAUACAUCGGGGCUCGAAGCCGAAGGGACCAACUCUCUCUCUCGCGCGCGCGCCGUCUGGCCGGCGGGGGUAUGGCGUGUUGUGCUUGUUGGACAAGAAUACUAACACCCGCGCUCGCU